GUUCGGCCGGCAAGAGCGGAAGCAGUCGGCCUGUGUCCCGGAAGCAGUGGCUUCAACUUCCGGGUUGUGCUUCUGUGCCUAGUGCGGGAGUCUAGGGACCCAAAGACUGCUUGAAGUAGUGGGUAUACCAACAUGUCCCGUGGGUCCAGCGCUGGGUUUGACCGCCACAUUACCAUUUUUUCGCCCGAGGGUCGGCUCUACCAAGUAGAAUAUGCUUUUAAGGCUAUUAACCAGGGUGGCCUUACAUCGGUAGCUGUCAGAGGAAAAGACUGUGCAGUAAUUGUCACACAGAAGAAAGUACCUGAUAAAUUAUUGGAUUCCAGUACAGUGACUCAUUUAUUCAAGAUAACUGAAAACAUUGGCUGUGUGAUGACCGGAAUGACAGCCGACAGCAGAUCCCAGGUGCAGAGGGCACGGUAUGAGGCAGCUAAUUGGAAAUACAACUAUGAGAUUCCUGUGGAUAUGCUGUGUAAAAGAAUUGCUGAUAUUUCUCAAGUUUACACACAGAAUGCUGAAAUGAGGCCACUUGGUUGUUGUAUGAUUUUAAUUGGUAUCGACGAGGAGCAAGGUCCCCAGGUGUACAAGUGUGACCCUGCAGGCUACUACUGUGGGUUUAAAGCCACUGCAGCAGGUGUGAAACAAACUGAGUCAACCAGCUUCCUUGAAAAAAAAGUGAAGAAGAAAUUCGAUUGGACAUUUGAACAGACAGUGGAAACUGCAAUUACAUGCCUGUCUACUGUCCUUUCAAUUGAUUUCAAACCUUCAGAAAUAGAAGUUGGAGUAGUUACAGUUGACAAUCCUAAAUUCAGGAUUCUUACGGAAGCAGAGAUUGACGCUCACCUUGUUGCUUUAGCAGAGAGAGACUAAACAUUGUCAUUACUUUACCAAAUCCAUGAAGCCACUUGCCUGUGUGUUUGCUAACAGAACAAUAUCACGGAGGCCCUUGGAUUGAAAGCAAAACCUCUCCACUCCUGCCACCCACGAGGGUAGGACUCUGUAUAAAUAAAAACAGUGCUUUUGGAAAAUAAUUG